AUGUCAACAACACGUAAACGUUAUCUUGAAUGGAAAAAUCGUUCAUUAUUACCACAAUUACCAAUUGAAAUUUGGGCUCAUAUUUUUUCAUAUCUUAAAAUAUCAGAUUUAUUAUCAAUACGUCUUGUUUCACGUUUAUUUUAUUCUUCUAUUAAUCAAUAUACAAAUUUUUGGUCAUUAAUUAUAUUUGAUAUUGAUCAAUGUCCAUUAUAUUUAGUACAAUCAAAAUAUUUUCAUAAUAUACGUUCAUCAAAUAUAAAUUUAUUUACGAAAACAAAUAUUUAUUCACAUUGUAAUAUUUAUUUAAAAACUCAACCAUUAAUAAAUUCAACUAAUAAACGACGUAAACAACAUUUAUUUAUAUCAAAUAAUAAUAAUAAUAAUAAUGAUGAACAAUUAAAAAAACAUAUUUAUUUACGUUGUUAUUCAAUAUAUUUUGAAUCACUUCGUUCAUUUGAUCAAUUACAACUUGAAUAUUUAUUAAAAAAAUUUAUCAAACGUUUAUAUUUAUCAUAUGAAUUUUUAUCAAUUGAACCAUCACUUAAUUUUCUAUUAAAACUUGAACAAUUAAAAUAUUUAAAAAUUUCAUUUAUACAUAAUAUUAUUGAACUUGAUUCAUAUUCAAUUAUGUUAAUUAAUACAAUGUCUGAUAUAAUAAAUUUAUUAUUUAAAUUAAAAAGUUUAUGUAUUGUUAGUCUUGUUGGUGAUUGUUUAUGUUUUGGUCGACCUCUAACAAUUUAUACUAUUCAAAAUAUGUAUCUACGUUCUCUAACUGAUAAUCUCAUACAUGGAUUAGUUAGUGUUUUUGCUACAAGUUUUCUAUUUGGUUGGACACAAUAUUCAUUAUUAAUUAUUGCUUUUUUAUCUGGUUGUUUUAUUGAUAUUGAUCAUUUUAUUGAAAUACGUUCAUUAUCAUUAAAUAGUGUAUUACAUAAUCAACGACAAGAUCGACCUUUUCUACAUAAUAGUCUUCUUUUGUUAAUAAUAACUUUAAUUGUUUAUAUAUUUGAAUAUUUUCUAUAUCGAAAUCAAUAUAGUUAUUAUUCAAUAAUAUUUUUUCUUGGUUGGUCAACACAUCAUUUAAGAGAUGCUCAAAGACGUGGUUUAACAUUAUUACCAUUGGGAGAAACUUCACCUAUUAAUAAUUAUUUAUUAAUUAUAUGUUUUAUAUUAAUAACUAUAAAAUUAAUACAUAUGUUGAAAUCACUUACUCUACAUAAUUUAUAUUUAAUUCAAACUUUUCCAGAAAAUAUCUAUUUUAUUGAACGAUUACAAUCAAUAUGGUUUGAAAAUUGUAUUAAUAUUCAUUUUCUACUAUCUUCUAUUGAUAAACAAUCAUUAAAAAAUAUUAUAAUACGUCAUUCAACAUGUGAUUAUAUUAUAUUAAAAAAUUUUCUUGAUCAAUUAGAUACUGUUCGUUAUUUAGAUUUAGCUUCAUUACAAAUUAUUAAAUUAUCAAAUCAAACUAAUGAACAAUUAUAUCUUUCAUCGAAAUUAAAAACAUGUAGUCUAAAUAGUACAAUAUUAAAAUUCUAUUCGUUUUUGCCUCAUAUAUCAUUACGUUCAAUUGAAUUAAUUGAUAUUAAUGUUGAUAUAUUAUCCAUGAUUCUCAAUCAAUUUCAAUCAUUAAAAAUAGUGUGUCUUUUUUUUACAACUAAAAAUCUUUCAUUCUCAUCAAUAAUUAAUUAUUUUCAACAACAUCAAUAUUUUCAAUUAUUAAUUCAUUUUCAUUUAUUAUUUAUUGAUGAUGAACAAAAAUUAUUACCAUCAAAUAUUUUAAUUAUGCCAAUUAAAAAUUCUCUAUCUUGUUUUCAUUAUGAAAAUCUAAUUGAAUAG